AUGUUCAAGCCAUGUGCACGUGAUCCAUUUAUUGAUGAUAAUAUUGAAUUUGCACGGCGAUUACGGGAUCUCAAAGUUUCUCAUCAUUUAACUGUAGUCGAUGAAUGGCCACAUGGUUUUCUUGAUUUUGGCUUUGCAGCAUCAGAUGUUGCACAAUAUAAUAUUGAGAUUUUAAAUAUGUUGCAAAAAAUUCUUCAACAAUCAUCAUCAAAUGCCGAUGUCAUUGCUUCAGUACCGGAUCAUAUUGACUAA